CACACAGAGGGGGAAGCCCGCAGCUGCGUGGGAGGAGGGGUGGUCUGAGGGACAUGGGAUGCCGGGAAUUAGACUGGUUUGCAGGUCGGCGCAUGGACAUUUUCCCAGGAACGGACAGAGACGGCGAAGUUUGACGGUCUGGAAAGGGAUCAGUGGGGCUGACUGCUUGGGAGCACCACGUAUCCGGACAGCGCCUCUCGGGGGUUCCAAGGAGAGAACCGCGAUCUGUUUCAGCACCGGGGCUCAGGACAGUUCCCAGCGGGCUCCGUUUCGGCGCCAGAAUCCUGGACAGCUCCCCCAGCUUGGAAUGUACUCUCCCCACCUCCACCCAGAGCUCCCCACAACUGACCCUGCCUUCUUCUGCAAGCUCCGUUUCAUUAAGGGAAAUGAUCCUUAUUGCCUCACCACUGCCCACGUGAAGUCUGUGUUGACAUUCUCAUAGACCUAGGAUAUUGUGUCUGCAGCACAUAGUCCAGUUAUUUUCAUGUUAUCUACUGACAGGUCUAUUUGUCUCCCUGUUACACCGUGAGCUCCGUGAGGACAGAAACAAUGUUUGUAUUUUCACUGCUGUGUCCCCAGUGCCUGGUCCAGGGCCCGGCACACAGCAGGCGUACAAUAAGCAUGUGUUGAAUCAAUAAAGGCAUCAAAGAAUAAACCAAUACAUCCAUCAAUAAA